CCUUAAGCUUCAUCAGUUCAUCCUUUCAGUAACAAAAAUACAAAGUACCUAUAUAUACACCUGCAUUAUAAACAAAUUAAUAAUGAAGAACAUAUUGCUAGCAUUUGUGCUUCUCUUUGCAUUGAGCUCACAACCACUACUUGCAGCAGCUGAUGCAUCACCUGAGCAAGUGGUUGACACAUCAGGGAAGAAGCUCCGAGCUGGUCUCAGUUACUAUAUCGUUCCGGCGGUGCCCUUAACAAGAUGUGGAAGGUAUGAAAGAUGCAUGGGUGGUGGAGGCCUUUCACUUGCCAGCAUUGGUGAAUCAUGCCCUCUUGAUGUUGUGGUUGUGCCAAGAUCUCAUGGCUUGCCAUUGCAAUUUUCACCCGUUGACCCUAAGAAAGGUGUUGUUCGUGUUUCCACUGAUUUGAACAUCAUGUUUUCCACUGAUCAUACCAGUUGUGCUGAGUACUCCCCAGUGUGGAAAUUGGAUCACUUUGAUGUCUCUAAAGGAAAGUGGUUUGUCUCCACUGGUGGCUCUAUGGGAAACCCCAGUUGGGAAACUAUACGCAACUGGUUCAAGAUUGAGAAGUGUGAUGGUGCUUAUAAGAUUGUUUAUUGUCCCAGCGUGUUCCCUUCCUCUUCUUCCAAGCACAUGUGCAAGGAUAUUGGUGUGUUUGUGGAUGAGAAUGGCUUUAGGCGUUUGGCUCUAAGCAAUGUUCCUUUCAAAGUCAAGUUCCAGAGGGCCUGAUCAAAUUAAGCUCCUUAAUUUUCAAUAAUGUAUAAGUAACUAAUAACUAAUAAGUGUGUUUUCUUUAUAGCACUGAUGUUAAUUCGGCAUUUAUUAAGUUUCUCUCAAGUUGUAUUUACAUGUAUGUUUUGUUAAAAAAAAUGAAUAAAGUGAAGAAAUAUCUUCUCGUUGUAUAGUUAUUUAAAUACAUUU